AUGGCGUUUAUCAAAGAACACUACGACUGUGUGGCAAGGGAGACAAGGGACGAGCGUAGAAAGAGUCGCGUGAUUCGCCUUCGGCAGCUAAACAACAUGGUAAAACAGUGUCUCUUGUCUGAGUUGAUCGGUGGCGCUGGCGACCACAAAGCUUCGAAUAUCAAGGUCUUGGAUCUGGCUUGCGGCAGAGGAGGCGACAUCUUCAAGCUGGAGGGGCUGGGAGUGCGCAACUACGUGGGAGUGGACUUCUCCCCAGAACGAAUCAAAGAGGCCGAGGAGAGAGCUCGAGCCCUAAGAUCCAUGGCAGCCAAGUUUGUGGAGCACGAUUGCUUCUCGUCAAGUUUGCCCCAAGACGUCACGGCGGAGGGACCGUACGACGCUUGCAGCUGCCAACUUGCGAUACACUACGCUGCAUGCGACGAGGCCACCGCGCGGACGGCACUGGAGAACAUCUCGGCGUCGCUCAAGCCGGGGGGAUUGUUCGUAGGCACCACGGUCGACUCGCGGGUGGUUUUGGAGAAGCUAAAGAGGGUGGCGGGCAACACGGAGCUGUCCAACAGUGUGUACAAGCUCGCCUUGAAGCAACCCGUCAAGGAGGAGCUAGUGUUUGGCAACGAGUACAACUUUGCGUUGGAGGGCGUGGUGAACGACUGCCCGGAGUACCUUGUGUUCUUCGAUGCCUGGGAGAAGCUUGCGAGGGAGUAUGGUCUCAAGCUCGUCAUGCACGCAAAUUUUAAAGAGUUUGCUUGGAAGCACAGGCUGGGCAGGAAGAUGGGCGAGCUCACAGGGGCGGAGAAGGAGGUUUUCCCUUUGUAUUGCGUCUUUGCUUUCGAAAAGUUGCCCUGUAUGAGCAGGAAUAAGAAGCUCAAACGAUGA